UACCAACGUUGGACUUUCGGAGAUUAGAUUUUAAAAGCGGCGGGGAAUUAGUUGGGAAUAGGAUCCGAAUACAACGGACAUUGUGUGUGUAAGCGUGUGCGUGUCUUUUCCUUUUCUAUCUUCUGGAGGUCACAGCUGUUGUACGUUGUUGCUCUUUGGACUUCCAGAUAGAUAUAGAAAAUAAAGAGGAAUAUUAGAUACCGAUCAGGAGGUAUCGGAGUUCCGCUUCUCUCCUGGAACGAAGACGAUUCUCCGUUCAUUCAUGCCGGAGUUAUAUAUUUCUUACUUUCUUAUCUUCAGUGUGGCAUUCAGGUUUUCUUCUCUAUCGGAGUAGGACAACGUGAUCCGAGAGGAGCAUCGAUGUGAUACUCAUCCUAGAAUUUCAAAUUCAUCGAAACAGUAAACUCUUGUGCCCGGAAGCCAACUAGAAAGUCAAACGGCUGAUCUCUUUGGAAUUUGUUGAAGGUGGUGUUAAUAUCAAAUGUACCUGAUCAUCUACCUGUGAAGUUGACACCUUGUUGAAAUAAUUGAGGCUGAAAUUCGUUAACGGGGUGAUUUUUCCUAUUCAGCAAGAUAGUUGUCACAAUGGGUGGCUGUGCCUCCAAAACAAAUAGAAGAGUUCAUACCCGGAGGAAGUACUUUCCCAUAUGUGGUAAAGGCCGUGGAAAGAUCUGCGCUUCCUUUCCUGAUCUACCUUUGCAAGGGAUUGACAAUGCUGGAAAUUGCACAAGAGACUUGGCUGUCAGUGAAUUUGUUCAUCUAGAUUUUGAGAAGGGUACUGCCACCACCCGCAAGAGAUCUGAAGUUUCUAACAUGACGUUUCAUCUCACCCAGCUCCAAUGGAACCACAGUCAACGUGAUGCAAAUGGAAUAUGCCAAGAAGAAGCAUGGUUUGACUCGGUUAGUAUUCUAGAAUCUGAUUCUGAUGAUGACUUUAGCACCGUGUAUGGAGAUUGUAUUCCUUCGGUAGGUAAUGCAACUCAAUUGGUUCAGUAUGAAAGUGCCUCCUGCUUUGUAGACAGUGGGUGUAAAUAUGAGGAAUUUUAUGGAAGCUACCUCAAAAUAGAUGGAGGUACUCAUAACCCUUCGGAGAAUACACAAGAAAACAACUUGAAGUCUUGCUUACCUGGUUUGCUUCCUCCAGUCAUUUUGAAUGACAAGAAUCAACCUAUGUCAAGUUCCCCUCCACCUCAAAGAAAGCAAGCUGCAGUUAUUAUGUAUUCUUAUAAGAGGAAAUCUGUCGAUGGCAAUGAAAAGACUGAAUAUCGUGCAUCUGAGAAAUAUUUGUAUCAUCCCAGAGCUGGACUGCAGAUUCCAUGUUCACCAGGAGAGAAGCUGACCGCGGGAUGCUGGUCUGCUGUUUCACCUUCUGUCUUUAAACUCCGUGGCGAGAAUUACUUCAGAGAUAAACAGAAGUUCCCUGCUCCAGAGUGCAGCCCAUAUGUACCAAUCGGAGUUGAUUUAUUUGUCUGCCCUCGAAAGAUAAAUCAUAUUGCUCAACACCUUGAAUUGCCUUGUGCCAAAGCACACGAGAAAGUGCCUUCAUUGCUGAUUGUCAAUAUACAGCUGCCCAUUUAUCCUGCUACCAUGUUCCUUGGUGAGUACGAUGGGGAAGGCAUGAGCCUCGUGUUAUAUUUCAAAGUAUCCGAUCAUUUUGACAAAGAUAUCUCUCCUCGUUUUCAGGACAGUAUCAAGAGAUUCAUCGAGGAUGAGAUGGAAAUGGUUAAAGGGUUUACGAAGGAGUCCUUGGUUCCUUUCAGGGAAAGACUAAAAAUUUUGGCUGGGAUGGUUAAUCCAGAGGACCUCCAAUUGAGUUCUACCGAAAGGAAGCUUUUACAUGCUUAUAAUGAUAAGCCUGUACUGUCACGCCCUCAACACAAUUUCUUCAAGGGAACCAAUUACUUAGAAAUUGACCUGGAUAUCCAUCGAUUCAGCUAUAUAUCCAGGAAAGGAUUAGAAUCAUUCCUAGAUCGUUUGCAGUAUGGCAUACUUGAUUUGGGUUUAACAAUCCAGGCACAAAAACCAGAAGAACUGCCGGAACAAGUACUGUGCUGCGUGCGCUUGAACAAGAUUGAUUUUGUAAAUCGUGGCCAAAUACCUACAAUUGUAACUCUGAAAGAUGAUUGAUGUGGACAGGACAGGACAACUACACCUGCAGUGCAGGGUGAUGCAUUAAUAGCAGCAAAAUACUCAAGAGGCAGCUUCCGUAGAAGUUAGAUCAACAAAUGAAAGGGGAGAGAGAGAGAGAGAGUAAAAUGGCAGAAAAUCCAAUUUUUCGGAUGCAAAAAUGAGUUGUUCUUUGUA